UAAGCAAUUUUUUCUUUUCGAAAUAAAAGAAUGGACAACGGCCGUUCAAAGUAGCGCGAGCAGAGAGUAAGCUAUGGAGCUUAGCAUUCUGCAACCUCUAUGGUGCUGGAGCAUUACUGGAGCAGCACCAUUGAAAAAGCAAUCUGAUAAGUAUAAGCACCUUUUGCUGAAACGAAAACUCACUCUUGCUUCUAUCGAUGCGAGACCGUCUUUUCCUUUCUCUCCACCUCUCUCCACUCGUCCUCGUUUCGCUUCUUCUGUUAUGCAUGCGGCACCAGAGAGUCCAUUGAGCAUGGAGGCAGAGCUGAUAGAGAGAAUGGAUAAUGCAAGAUUUUUACACUUUAAGGAAAGAUGUGGAAAUGGCCUCGCUACGUGUUGAAGAAAUUAGAGCUGCUGCUGGUUUGCAACAAUUAGAACAUGAACUAGCAGAUUUGGAAUCUAAAGCAGCUAAUAGCUCCUUCUGGGAUGAUCAAGCCAAAGCUCAGGAAACCCUUUUAGCCAUGACUGAUGUAAAAGAUAAGCUAAGAUGGCUUUCUGACUUCAAAAGUAAGGUUGAAGAUGCAGAAACUAUAGUUAAUUUAACAGAGGAGAUGGACUCCAUAGAUUCUGGACUACUUGAAGAGGCUUCCAAUAUCAUUAAAGAAUUGAACAAGGCAUUGGAUCGAUUUGAGUUGACUCAACUUCUUUCUGGUCCCUAUGACAAAGAGGGUGCUGUUAUCUCUAUAACCGCUGGUGCAGGAGGCACAGAUGCACAGGACUGGGCUGACAUGCUUCUCAGGAUGUAUAUGAGAUGGGGAGAGAAGCAGCGAUACAAGACAAGGGUGGUUGAGAAAUCAUCUGGAGAGGAAGCUGGGAUUAAGUCAGCUACACUUGAAGUUGAAGGUCGUUAUGCUUAUGGUUAUUUGUCUGGGGAGAAAGGGACACAUCGAAUUGUCCGACAGUCUCCUUUCAAUGCUAAAGGUCUUCGCCAGACAAGCUUUUCUGGAAUUGAAGUGAUGCCACUUCUUCCUGAAGAGUCCAUGGAAGUUGAAAUACCAGAAGAAGACCUAGAAAUUAGUUUUUCGAGGGCAGGUGGUAAAGGAGGGCAGAAUGUUAACAAGGUUGAAACUGCUGUCCGGAUUACACACAUCCCCACUGGUGUUACAGUUCGUUGCACAGAGGAGAGAACCCAGCUGGCGAACAAGAUCAAGGCUCUUAGCCGGUUAAAAGCAAAGCUUCUGGUGAUAGCGGAAGAGCAACGGGCAUCUGAAAUCAAGCAAAUAAGGGGAGAUGCAGUGAAGGCUGAGUGGGGCCAGCAGAUUAGAAACUAUGUAUUUCAUCCGUACAAACUUGUGAAAGAUGUCCGGACAGGAUAUGAAACAUCAGAUAUUGCAUCUGUAAUGGAUGGUGAAUUAGAUCCCUUCAUCAAAGCUUAUCUCAAACACAAGUACAGUAUGAUGGUGUCAGCAAGCGCAGGUAAUUAACAUUUGGUAGAGGCCUAGUUAAUUGCUGUCUUUGCUACAAAUAGUAGACAGGGCUCAGUGUCGAAUAGGGAUGUAAAGUUGCUGAAGCAGAGUAGUGUCAUCUGUGUAAGUUUUCAUCCUUAUCUUCUAAUUUUGACAAAAGUGAUCCUAAAUUCUCUUAAAAAAGAAUUAGUUGUAAUAUAUCGACUUGAUUUUUUGUUUAUAAAAUCCCAGUCCACUGAUAGAAAAUCAAAUGGAGAACAGUAAGAAUGAGAGUAUAUAAAGAGAUUCACACAA